AUGGACGCCCUCAGAAAAGUGUUCACUGCCAAAAAGGAGGAGGGCAGUCCUGCCUUGGUCACUUUCGUGACUGCAGGCUACCCCACCGCGAAAGAUACUGUCCCGAUUCUGCUUGCAAUGCAAGAAGGGGGUGCAGAUGUCAUAGAACUAGGCGUGCCGUUCUCUGAUCCCAUGGCCGAUGGACCCGCCAUCCAAGAAACAAACAAUGUUGCUCUUCGAAAUCAUGUAGACUAUGCAACAUGUCUAGGAAUGGUGAAGGAGGCACGAACCAAGGGUCUAACUGCUCCAGUCCUUCUUAUGGGUUAUUACAAUCCUUUGCUUGCAUACGGGGAGGACAAGGCGAUCCAGGAUGCUCACGAAUCCGGUGCUAAUGGCUUCAUUCUAGUUGAUCUCCCUCCUGAAGAAGCCAUCACCUUCAGAGAAAAGUGUACCAAAUCAGACAUCUCAUAUGUGCCCCUAAUCGCCCCUUCUACGACCCUUCAUCGCAUCAAAUUUCUUGCAUCUAUCGCGGACACUUUCAUAUAUGUUGUAUCCAAGAUGGGCACGACGGGUUCUUCCGAUAACACUGCUAUGAACGCAGCGCUUCCGGACAUCAUCUCUCGCGUCAAAGCACACACCGACAUCCCUCUUGCUGUCGGUUUCGGUGUCUCAACUCGGCAGCAUUUCGAGAGCGUCGCGGAUGCUGGCGCUGAUGGUGUCGUGAUCGGUAGCAAAUUGGUAUCUGUGCUCAAGCAGGCACCGAAGGAUGCUGUCGCGAGGCAUGUCGAGGCAUACUGUCGCGAACUUAGCCUAAAGGGCCAACCGUCCCGAAUCCGUUCUCCCCCAGCGAAUGGCACGCCGCGUGUUCCAACGCCUGCCGUCAAUGUCAAUCAGACAGGGCCGCCGCCAUAUAAUACAGCGUCCGAGGCCACUGUACUUCCCGCGCGGUUCGGUCAGUUUGGUGGCCAAUAUGUCCCGGAAGCGCUAUUCGAUUGCCUCGUGGAAUUGGAGGCCGCUCACAAAUCAGCGAUGUCAGAUCCCGAAUUCUGGCAAGAAUUUGAGGGCCUAUUUGGCUACAUGAACCGACCGUCCACGCUGUACUAUGCUGAGAACUUGACAAAGCAUGCUGGUGGCGCUAAUAUUUGGUUGAAGAGAGAGGACUUGAACCACACUGGCUCACACAAAAUCAACAACGCGAUCGGCCAAAUUUUGCUUGCUCGGCGGAUUGGCAAGACUCGUAUUAUUGCCGAGACUGGCGCAGGACAGCAUGGAGUAGCCACUGCCACAGUCUGCGCAAAGUUCGGGUUGGAAUGUAUCAUUUACAUGGGUGCUGAAGAUGUCCGUCGGCAAGCCUUGAACGUUUUCCGGAUUCAAAUGCUGGGAGCUAAGGUCAUCCCAGUUCAUUCUGGUUCAUGUACAUUAAAAGAUGCUGUCAACGAAGCAAUGCGCGACUGGGUCACAAAUUUAUCGACAACUCAUUAUUUGGUUGGCUCUGCCAUCGGCCCACAUCCUUUCCCUACAAUCGUCCGUGACUUCCAGAGAGUCAUUGGUAAGGAGAUCAAAGUUCAGCUCCAGGAGAUCAAGGGCAAGCUUCCAGACGUGGUCGUCGCGUGCGUCGGCGGCGGCAGUAAUGCCAUAGGAACAUUCUAUGACUUCAUCGGGGACAAGAACGUCCGUUUGAUAGGUGUAGAGGCUGGUGGUGAAGGGAUCGAUGGCGACCGACACAGUGCUACUCUUUCAAAAGGCCAGCCUGGCGUGCUUCACGGUGUGAGGACAUAUAUUUUGCAGUCGCCUGUCGGUCAGAUCAUCGAAACGCACUCCAUAAGUGCUGGUCUCGACUAUCCUGGUGUUGGUCCAGAGCACGCUUGGUUGAAGGAUUCAGGCAGAGCUGAGUAUGUUGUGGCCACUGAUGAGGAAGCGUUGCGAGGCUUCCGGAUGUGCACGCAGCUCGAGGGCAUCAUUCCUGCUCUCGAAUCUUCUCAUGCGGUCUGGGAAGCUGUCCGUGUGGCAAAGACUCUGCCGAAGGAUCAAGAUCUUGUUAUUUGCUUGUCUGGACGCGGAGAUAAGGAUGUAGAACAAAUCUCAGAGCUUCUUCCUGGCAAGUGGGCUGAUAUUCUGGAUUGGCAUGUGUCUGCAUAAGAGCCAAGUGUUGUGACAAUGUACGAUCCAUGUACUACAUAAGCUUUACUAGUGGGCGAUAGAUAUAGAAAGUGGUUGCAACG